UACUUUUGAACCGAAAAACCGAUUGGGACCUGAACCCGAAAGUAUAUUGGGUUGUACCUGUUCUUUGAAGAUUUACUAACCCCGACCCGAAUCCGAUAGAACCCGAACCGGUCCCGAACCAAACUUUCAUAUAAUCCGAAUGAGGCUGAUUUUGAUAAAUCCGAAAAACCGAAACCCGAUUGGAUAAAACCGAAACCCGAUUGGGACCCCGAAUGCCCAGACCUACUCCAACAGUGACACCAAAUGUAAUAUUAUAUAUUAUUUAAUGUUUUCAAUUUAAUGUUUUUAUAAUUGAUAAAUAAUUAUUUUAUCACAUUUAAAUUAUCAUUCAAAUUUUUAUUAUUUGUAAGUGAUAAAUAUUAAUAGUCCAAUUUAACGAUAUAAAAUGUUUUUAUGUAAGCGUACACCUCUGCAUCCAAUAGAAACAUGAGAGAAGAAGACAAGAUAAACUGGCUUUAACAAGAGUGAAACAUUAUUGGAUCAAAAAAUACAAUCCAGCAAAAAAAAAAACCAAAACAAAAUGAAGGAGUAGAACCUGGCAUCCAUAAUCUGAAAAGAAGUGGUAUUUUAGUUCUUCUCUGAUUAUUUUCUUAUGUUUUUCUUUAAAGUAUCUAUUUUAUUUUUGUAACCUUUACUCGAAGAAAUUCUAUCGGUCAAUAAAUAAUGAUGUGAAACAGAAGAGGGAAAGACAACAAAAACCUAACACUCUACAGGGGAAAAGAAUAUCAACAACUUUGAUAAUGCAGGUGGGUAUUUACAAAUCUGUAUGUUAUGGUCUGAGUGUUUCACAAUUUUUUUAAAAAAGUUAUAAUGAAGCAUAUCGAGUCUAUUAUAUACAAAAUUGAAUAUUCUAAAUAUAUCGAGUAUAUUAUGUUUAGUUUCAUUGUUUUUAUUUUUCAUUAUAUUAGAUCUAAUUAAGGAUAUUUAUAUUUUAAAGAAAGCGUAUUUACAAAAAUACAAAUAAAACUGAAUAGAACAUAAUAUUUUCUGAAAAAUCAUAAUAAUUCUUAAGGCUUCAAACUCUUUGUCUGAAUGCAUCCACUUCUAAUUUUUCAUGCCAGUGUGGGUGACUAGCAUAUUGUUUAAUUUUGAUGAAAACAAAAAUGAAACUACAACAUUGGAAUCUUAUAACAAAAAGAUCAUUUAAGUGCAAUCUUUAAAAAAAAAGAUCAUUUAAGUGCAAGCAAAUAUUGAUCAUGUGCUUAUCACGGGCUAAUAUACUAGUAUAUUUAUAUUUUACAAACUAAAAAAUCAAUGAUACUAUAUAGUUUUUAAAAAUAUGAUUUAAAAAAAAUAUUAUAUAUAUUUGAAAUAUGAAAUUUAAUAUGCUAUUACUGAGAUUUAUAGAUAAUUAUUUUAUGUUUAAAAAUUAUAAUUACUUUAGUAGUCUUUAAACAAAAUUAAAUUAAGAUAUCAGUGAUACUAAUUUAAUUUACUUUAUAAAAAUCUCUUAUAUAUCUGAAAAAAUUUACAAAUCAUGUUCACAUAUUUCUUCAUAUAAUAUAUUAUAUUGUCAAAUUUCAAAACUAUAGCUAGGUUUAGGUACAUUUAUCCGGAACCAAAUCGAACAAAAAAAUGAAGUUCGGUCUAGGUUUGGGAUCCUAUCAAUUAUACUAGUGGAUCAUAUAUCUCUAGAACUAGAAAGCCGGAAUCGAACCGAAAACAGAAUGGGUACCCAAAACUAUCAUGAUAUUUUCAUAAAUGGUAAAAAUAUAAAUUAAAUAUAUUUUCCUUUAAAAUUAAAAUAAAUUUAAUUCAAAAUUAUAAAAUAAUAAUUAUCUGUUAAACAUAGUAUAUAAUAUUACUUAUACAAAAUAUUUAAAAAUAAAACUAAAUGUGAAUGGUGACAUGUGUAAUAAAAAAUGUUGCGGAAUGCAUAUAAUAUAUUUGUGUUUUACAAAACUAUUUUCAACAAAAAAAAAAUUUGGUAAAUCUUAUCAUAUAUUUAUAUUAUAUAUUUUUGUCGCUUAAAAUAAUUUUCUUUAAAAAUCUUAAAAUAUAUAAAUAAAUAGUAUUUGUGAAAUUGAGUGAAAAUAUUUAUAUUUAUAGAAUAAAAAAUUAAGUAAGUAUUUAAUAUAUCAAAUAUUGUAAAGAUUUAGUAAUAAAUGUAUACAAAGCUAUUUACUUAAUAUUUCAAAGUAAAUUAAAAAUGUUUUUUUUUUCACUUUUAAGAGUAUUUUUUAUUAGAUAUGGAUAUGCUUUUUUAUAACCUGGAUAUAUAUGGCGGAUCAAGAUAUAACCGGCUUAUUUCUUGAGAUUUGUCCACCGACACUAAACAUAUAUGAUUACUCGUAAUAAAAAUUAAAUAUGAAUAUUUUAUUAUGAAUAGGAUAUGAAAUUUAAUGUGUUGACACUUGUUACUGAGAUUCUAAUAUCUAUAUAUAUUUAAAAUUUUGGGUAAUAAUCAACCAAUGAAAAGAAACAAAAAAAAAAGAAGCAAAAAAAUUUAGUUCUCUUGCAUAGUAAAAGAGAACACACCCUUUUUGGCUUCUUCUUUCUUUUAGGUGUGUUCCUUUGUUAUUCUUGUACUGCACUUUACUUUUUAUAUUUAUUUUCUUUUUCUAAUAAAUAAUACUCCUAUUUACAACUGCAAAACAAGUUGAAUGGAGACAAUCUUUUUAGUCCCGCAGUGGGGAAUAGGUGUACCGCUGGAAACAUUCAAUACCUACGAAAAUGAUGCGUCCCUAUAAAUAGAUGUAGAAAUAAAGACCAAUCAUUUCUAGAAAUGUUUGUUUUUUGAAAAGGAAUCAUUUCUAGAAAUGUUAAAACAAGAAAAGCUAAAUUUACCUCCAUUGAUGAGGCAUGAGCAUAUGUAUGUACCCUUUUGAGGAAACAAGAAAUUAAUUUCAUGUAUAUAACACAUUGUAAAUUUCGUCACAAGAAAGUGAUGAGAGAAGGUGUUUGUGUAUGGUCUCUUAAUUAGGUGAACCUCAGCCGACCUAGAGAGAGAAAAAGCGUACAUAAGAAGAGAGAGAGAGAGGCUAGGGUUUAAAAUUUUAAAGUUGGACAUAUAGCACAAAGAGAUGAGUUUUAAUGGUCUUCAGAUCGUGCCUAUCAUUUUUCACGUGUGUCUGUGUUUUUAACAGUUUGUAAUAUUUAACACAUCGUACUCUAUUUUUCACCCCCAUUACAUUUCCCACAAGGCAUUAUUAUAUGUAAGUUAUUAAACUAUUAAUAUGUUUUUUAAAUACUACUAAUAUGUUUUCUUGUAAAUUAGUAAAAGUUGAACAUGUAGAUCAAAAUCAUGUCCAGUUACAAAAAAAGAAGAUCAAAAUCAUGUCUAAGAAGUCAACGUUGAGACCAGGCACAAUCACAUAAAUCGAAUCAAGGAGACUUUGAUUGCUGCUUCUAACGUUACAAUAGUUGAUUUUAUCUUCAUAAUCCAAACUUCAGCCUCACCGUGUAAUUGUUUUUCCGUUUGCGAGCUGCAAUUACCAAACCCUAUGAAACUAUUGGCUUUUGGAAUAACCAGACUUGAGGCUCCAUUUGGCAAAUAACUUAUGUAUUAUAUGUCACAUUGUUAUUAUUAGAUUUUUAAAGGAGUAAUUGUUUCAUGCUUUGACUUGGACGUUGAAUAUGGUUUUUGGAAUGCUAAAAGUGCAUUUUAAGUUCAUUUGGGUAGAUUAGUUUUGUGCACUAACUCUUAAUAAGUUGAUAGAAUACCAACGACCAACCAAUUGAGUUGUGAUUUAUCUUAUGAAUUAAUAACUCUUUUCGAGUUUAAAACAUAAAUACAGAUAUUAGUUAAAUAUAAAUUUUAACAACCGAAAACACUUUUUACAUCGAAUUCAUCAGUUUUUUUAAUCAGAAGAAAAAAAAUCAAAGAAUGUAACUCUUCUGAUCCAGUAAUGUUAUAAGCUAAGCAGAUACUCUUCUGUGUUUCAGAAAAAAAAAAAAAGAGAAGCAGAUACUCUUCUGAAGAACCAAAUCACUAGACCUUGACUAUAUGAUAUAUCAAAAUUAGCAGAAUUCUCAUAUUUGAUGUAAUUUAAUUAGUCGCAUUGUGAAGACAGUUUUUCCAUGGGGGUAAGUAUUUCUCUAUCUCUUUCUCCAUACACUGUAUAUUGUAGCUUAAACACAUAUUUAACCAAAUCUCUGAUUCGUACAAAAAAAAAAAAUCUAUCGAAUUUGUUUUGUGAGUUUGAAUUAAAAUUGGCAAAAUAUUCAGUUUGUUAGUAUUAUUUAAACACCUAUUGUUUCAGAAGAUUUACAAUAGAAAUCAUUUCUCACAAGUUAAUGCAUUUAAUUUUUAUGGAAUAUUUUCAUGCAUUAUAUAUUCCGAUAUUUGAGAGGCUUUUCUACCAAAUAUUUUUGAGAUUAACGAACCUUGUUUUCUAGUAAAAACAUUGACACAACACUAUAAUAAAUUUUGUAUCUUAGACAUAUGACUUAUCUCAAAUAUCGUUGAUUUUUAUGUUUUUAUAUAUUUUAAAUUAUGAAAUUACACUUGGGAAUUUUAAAAUAAAAUUGAUAAAUAUCAAUGUAUGAAAAAUUCAAUUUGAAUUUUCUCCAAAAAUUCAAAUUGAAGUAAAACAGUCCCAAAACUCACUAAGUUGAGAGCUAAGUUUUUGGUAAGUGGGAGGAUUGUGGACACAACAAUACAAGGCAAAAUGAUACAUGUUGUAACUAUUUUUAGUAAGUUAUACAUAUUGAAUAGUAAAUUUUUUUUAAAGAGAAUAAUAUUUUUAGUAAUACUAUUACUAGUAUUACUACUGAAUAGUAAUUUUAGUAAUACUACACUUCGAUAAGAAUUUUUUUUUUAUAAAGAAGAAUUUAAAAGAGCUGGGAAGAGGCAGAACUGGCAUGAGAGUCAAUGGAGCAGAAGCAUGGAACCGAUGUGUCCACAUCUCUUCCUCUGUCCCUUUUAUCGUAAAAUACACACUCCCAGUCCUUUAUUAUUAAUAUUUUCUGUUUUUACAUUGUUUUGUUCCUAGUUGAAAUUCACAGAAAACAUAUAACUAUUGGUUAAAAAAGUGUUUAACAGAGAUAGACUUUAAUAUUUUCUAUAAAAAAAAUUGUGGAUUUUCACGAAAAUUAAUUGAUUUUAUUGAAUAACUAUUGGUUAAAAAUUAUUCAAAAUUAAUUAUUAUAAAAAAUGAUACAUUUACUAUAAUGAUUUAAUGUGUUUUUAAUAUAUGUGAAAACACUAAAAAUUUAACUUUGUGAAUCGGAAGAAAUUUAUUCAAAAUCUUUAUAGUGGAUCAGAAUAAGUUACUUUUAAAUGUAUAGUUUUAUGUCAAAACAAAAUAGCAAAGACAGGGAAAUGAAUUCUUACGCCGCUUUUGCAGUCUUAAGGACAAUGAUGAUGGACUCUCUUACCUUUUUCUAGUUGUCAAAAUCAAACAUCAUCAAACAUCAACGUUCAAAAAAUAUGGUCAUAUUAGCCAAAUUGAUGCGCUUUAUUCAUAGCCAGGUUCUCACCCAGGGAUCUUUUUUUUAUUCAAGACAAAUUACGCUAGAUUAGUGCAAAUAUCCAUACAAUAUUUAAUUUCUAAAGAACUUAUAUAUAUAGUUUACAAAAAACGAAUUUAUAUACAAUAAAGUUAUUAAUUUAUAACAAAUAGAAGCAAGAGAUGAUAUUUCUGGAAUGUAUCAUCCAUGAAACCAAAGAUCAUAUUCACCGCCAUAUGACUAGCGUAGUAUUAUCUCUGGUAGAUUUCUGGUAAGCAAAAGACUAAUCAAAAGACUAAUCAAAAGGAUGGGAUCAAGAUCAUCCAUUUAAGUAUGGAAUGAUCCUUGAUCCCAACCAAUCACCCGAGACCAACAAAUAGAAAUCAACAAAAAUUUUACACUGACUUUACAAUGGGCUUUUUCUUCAAUGCAACAACGAAAACAUGGAAUUUGCAGACAAUCCGGUCUUUGGUUGAUCCUUUGGAUGCAAAAUUUAUAGAAAAUAUACCUUUGAGCAGGAUGCAGUUGGCUGACAGGAACGAAUGACACUUCACAAAUAAUGAGAAUACACAGAUAAAUCUGGAUACCAAGUGGAACGAGUUUAUCCUGACAAAGAAAAAUUACUCCCAUUUUAUGGACCCAUGGCCGCUCCGCUGAAGGCAAUUUGCUGAAAAAUAUGAUGUCCACCAAAAUUAAAACAUUUUUUUAUGGCAAAUAGUGACAUGAUGCAUGGUCGUCAAGAAGAACCUACAAGCAAGAGAAAUCCAGGAGGAUAUAUGUUUUGCUAGAUGUGGAGCACCAGAGGAGUCAAUAAAAACAUGUGGUUUUUUAAUAUCCACCAGCGGUUCAAGUUUGGGCACUUUGGAAGUACCCAUCAAAUCCAGACAUCUUUCAUGGACAAUCAUAGUUUGCAAAUAUAGACUAGCUAUAUUGGAUAAUUGCCCUUUAAAUGUAAGAUCAUCAAUUUGCAUGAAUACUUUGGUACAUCUGGAAGAGACAAAAUAAUAAAGUGUUUAGUAAUAUGGAUAUUGAUCAUAAGGAUACUCUUAAAUUGGCAGAAGUGGAAUCAUUAAUUUUGGCGGAAGCACAUGAAUCAAUAACAUUGAGGGUUACCCAAAAUAAGGAGGUGGCAUACAAUACUUUAUCGUCCAUCCCGGAAAUAUGAUGUUUUACGGAUGGAUCAUGGAAAAAACAUGAUAGUCAUUUGGAGCAGGGCUGGUACAGUAUGUUCGAGGGCUUUGAUGGAUUGAUGACGAGGGCAAGAAACACUAGGGAAAGUCUAUCACCACUUCAUUCAGAAGUAGAAUCUUUCAUAUGAGCUAUGGAAUGCAUGAGAAAGUCUAUCACCACUUCAUUCGGACCAGAAGAAUGCCCAGCUUUUACAAGUUAUUUGGAAGAUAUCAAGAUCCUGAAAGAAAGUUUCCACAACACAGAGAUCAUUCAUUUACCAAGAAUGCAUAAUUCAAUAGCGGACAGUCUAGCACGCAGUGCAAGAAAACAAUUGUCGUUUGUCAUUCAUAUGGAUGUAUAAUUACCAGUUUGGUUUGCAGAGUCUUCAUGAGUCUGUAUAUAUUGAUGACAAAGAAAAUCAAGAGAGGAUAUGUACAUCUAGUUACUGUUAGAAGACUAUUUAAGUUUAUCGUCUAAUAAAUUUUUAUAAAAUUUUAUAAUAAAUAAUAUAAAAUUAUUUUUAUAAAUUAUAAUUAUUAAUAUAUUAUAUCAUAAAAUUUUAUAAAAAUAAAAUAAUAUAAAUUUUACUAUUAAUAAAUGUAUUAUAUUGUUAAUUUGUAAACUUUUAGACCGCCAAAGUAAUAAUCUAGGCAUCUCAUUGAAAUUCUAGGCAUUGAGUCUCCAACAUCAUGCAUAUUUCUUCUCUGCUUUUAAGUUCUGUAUCUGUAGAUUUCUCUUCCUUUCACACUCCAAUUUGAAUCUCCUUUGUAAGGAUUGGAGAGGACAAUUUGGUCUUCAGUGGUGAGAGAGUGACAGUCUUGGUCCAUGGAUCUGCACUCAGAUCUCCUUGUAUGUGGUUUUAGUGGCGACUGUGGAGCUUAUACGCUGACAUUUUCCUUCUUGUGGUUUAGAAAAGAUUUGAUUUUGAAUUUGAAGUGUGCUCUUUGUGGUUCUUGCCACUGUCAAGUUGUGUUUCAUGUUCUAGCUGGUAUACAUUUCUUAGUUUAUGCUUUCUCUUUGGUGCAUAUUUAAAGGUAAGUAUGUAGGUUUUAUUGAUUUUUGCAGUUUGUUGUUGGGUAGUUUAGUUCUUUGGAAAAUCGUGUAUUUGCUUUAUGUUGUGUGUGGGCUUUAGUUCCUUUGUUUCCCUUCAUCAAUGUCUUAUGUUUGCUCGUGUUAUUGGUUCAAUUACUUUUUACAAGUUUGGUAUCAAUUCUAUAUUUUGAGUUUCUUCUACAGCUCACUGGAGUUCAUUGGUGGUGAUUUUCGGUCUACUUGUCAUAAGUUUGUUCUCAAUAUUCCCAAAGGGGUUAGGCAUUUCUCCAUGUCUUAUGGUGGCUUAUAUCUAAGUAUUAAUGGGUCGUGUCUAGUGGUGUCUAACUUUGCCACAUUCGGAAGUGUUAUGAAGAUCAAUAACAUCCAUAAGUAGAUUAUGAAGCAUCAUUGGAACUCUAAGCUGCUUCUGUUUCUCUUAAGUUAAGGGUGUUGAUGUUCCCACUGGUCUGGUACUAUAUUUGAUAUUUUGGUUAGCUUGACAUGCCUUAUUUUCAUUAUUGGUCUUAUUGUUUUCGUUGAGAAUGAAAAAUCAUAAAAAGAAGGUAGAUGUAUCGUGUGGCUUUCCAUCGACAUGAACGAUAUUCGCGUGAACAGUUUUUAAGGGUUUCAGAAGUUUAUAAGCUUAUGACGAAUGUUGGGUUCUAGGUUUAAAAUUGUUAUUUAUACUUUUUAAGUCUUAAGCUUCUCUUUCUUUUGCUUAGAAAUUUGAUUAUGGAGAAUUUUGUUAUUUUUACGAUUUUGUUUCUCUGUUUUAAAUUCUGUUGUACCAUUUUCCGUUUAUUUAAUAUGAAACAUCUAGAUAAGAACAAAAAAAUUAGGGGUGACCUCAUUUAGGAUCGGUCCAAAAGUCUAUUGUGAUUUAUAAAAAAGGAAUGAGAAUAUUUUAUGUAUAAAUUGGUAAAUUUCCUUAUUUUCUUUUCAUUUAUUACAUAAUACAAUGAAUUAUUUGGAAAUGAUGACUGAGAGUAUCAACAGUGGAUUUAGGGUGGAUUGAUUCUUAAAAUGAGUCUCUAAUUUUUAUUAUAUUAAUAUUUUUUUUUCUUUGGUUUUGUAUUUAUUUUUAAUGUAAUGUAUUAAUGAAAGAAAGAUACUUAGUACAAGAGUCUCUUUAGAAUUGUUCAAAGUCUUUUCUCUAAGUGAUCACUUUCAUCUUUUCUAUAUUCUCUUUCUUUUUUUGCAUUAUUAAAAUAGUUUUUUACCAAAAGACGAGGAGAAGAAACUCCCACUGCUGAUGCUUUGAGUUUCUUCUCUACAAUGUGACAUAUGAAGUGUUUUAUAAUAUUCAACAAGAGUUAACACGAGUAUCAUCGCAACAGGGUGGUAACGUGUGAUUGGUUAAAUAGAUAUGGCUACUCUAAAUAGGUUUAUAUUGGCAGAGUGAUUAAAUUUCAAAAGUAUAUAUUGUAUUUAGUUCGAGUUUUCAAUUUUUUUGUUCUGUUAUAACAUCAGUACUCUACUCGUUUUCAUUUUUCUGCAAAAAGCAGAGCCCACCAAAAAGCUAAAAAACCCUAGUAUUCAUCUGACUCAUCUCUCUUCAUAAACCCCAAAACCAGAGAAACUAAACCAGCUUGAAUCUCCAAAAAAAAUCAAACAAUUGUUUCUCUGGUUCUUAUUGUUUUCCUUCUCUCUCUCUCUUUUUGUUUUAAAUAAUAAAAACUCAAUAGGGGGUAUUUUUAAUUCACUCUUUAAUUUGAGUGCUUCUUGAAAUGGGUGAGACAACAAAAGGAGAUGCUACAAAACCAUCACCGAAUCAAAUCUCCCCACCUAAAGAUUCUUCACUUGAUCACCAAACACCAAACCCAUCAGUCCUCCACCACCUACACCAAUCUUUCCUGUCUUCUCCCAUCUUCAUCCCAACCGUCUCUUCUCCAGGAGCUCCUGUCAUCCCCAAACGACCACGUUUCAGCUCUUCCGGCGGUCUCUCCCCACCUCAAUGGAGAGCCUUGCCGUCACCUUCCACCGUACCAACCGCCUCCACAAUCUCUUCAUUACCGUUCCCUUCCACCGCCGUCAUAGCAGCCUCUUCUACCGAAACCGCCGGAUCUUCACCGCUGGUUCAAGAAGCUACCAACACCGAGAAACAACAACCCGAAACGGAGUCCUUUCAACAUAAAUUUAGAAAAGGGAAAUACGUGAGCCCUGUGUGGAAACCAAACGAGAUGCUAUGUCUAGCAAGAGCAUGGAGAGUCCAGUACCAAAACCAGAGAACCGGGUCUGGAUCCGGAUCCGGGUCGGGCGAGGGAAGAGGGAAAACAAGGGCUGAGAAAGACAGAGAAGUAGCCGAGUACCUAAACCGGAAAGGUGUAAACCGGGAUUCAAAAGUCGCUGGCACAAAAUGGGACAACAUGCUUGGUGAGUUCAGGAAAGUGAACGAGUGGGAGAAAGGAGCAGAUAGAGAGAGGUUCGGUAAGAGUUACUUCAGGCUCUCUCCUUACGAGAGGAAACAACAUCAACUUCCCGCGUCUUUCGACGAAGAAGUGUACAAUGAAUUGGCUCUUUUCAUUGGUCCACGUGUCAGAGCUCCGACUAUUAGCCGCAGUGUUAGUGGCGGAGCUACGGCGGAUGUUACCUUAACGCCUCCGUCUGCUGAGACGCUUCCUCCUCCUCUUCAUCCACCGGUUAUGACUUCAAGAGAUGAUGAUAUUAAUAAUAACCCUAUCACUUCUAUCGGAAGAGGGAAGAGAUUAGCAUUAUCAAUAGUUGGAGAUGAUCAUCCUCAGUAUCCGUAUUCAAGCAACAUUGCUAGAGGGUCAGGUUUAUUCUCUAAUAGAUCAUUGUACUAUAAUCCUUCUUGUGAGAGGAUUCCUUCUUCUUCUUCUUCAUCUUCCUCUCUAAAAGAUCUUCGCCGUGUUGGGAAAAUACGGCUAACUUGGGAGGAAUCGGUUAACUUGUGGGCUGAAGAAGGAGAGGUUGAUUAUGGGAGAAUUAGGGUUUGUGGGUCGAGUUUCUUGAAUGCAGAUGAGCUCACCUACUUGGAUGAUUCCAUGGUGGCUUCUACAAUGGAAUCUUUCGAAGAUGGACCUCUCAAAGGAUUUUCUUUGGAUAAAUUCAUUUCUGGUCAACAUCUUAAAGUCUUUGGAAGACAAAAGUCAACUUCAUCAUCUGCUCCUCCACUUUCAGUUAAUAUGGCAUUUGAUAGGGCUCAGCUUCCACUCUCCGAACACAUUCACAAAUCAAUAUCAACAUUGGAGUUCCAAGACCCAUCAGAGCAUUGCUUGAGUAAAUUGCGGGUGCCGGCGGGGAACCUUCCGAGCAUAACUGAGCUCGCACGGUAUCUUCAAGAACCACCGCCGGAAGAUCUCCGGUUUCCUCUCCGACUAGACGUUUACAAUGACUUGCCACUGGGAAAAGAGCUCUUCUUCUUCACCUCCUCCACAGAGCUACUUGAUUGUAGAGCGAUCACAUAUGAUAUCCUCGGUCCCAUAAUGUCCCCCUUAAAUAAGGGUUUCGUCAUCUUUAGCAAAGACUCGCUGAUACCGCUUUGGGAUGACUGCGUUAACCGAAUGGUUUCAAAGUUUUGUGAAAUGGUGGUUUUGCGUAAACCGGAUUCGUCUUCUUGUGUUGAAAACGUCCAAGAUCAGUGGCCUAACGUGAUGGGAUUUGUAAAAGGGUUUGGUUUAUGGAGGGGAGAAGAGGUUGAUAAGGUACGAGAAGGUGCACCUGAUCCUUCUUCUCUAUUGGUCGAAAAGAUUCUUUGGUCGUACAACGAUCUUCCAUACAUUCUUGGUUAUUACGCAAUAGGGCUCACCGUAACGUUCUGCUCUUUGAGCCGCUCUUCGUAUGAUCGAGUGACCUGCACUGAUCUUUAUUCAUUUGAUGUCUCGUCACCAUCGGACCGAAUCAAGGCAUUGGUUCCUUGUUACCGUCUCGCUUCUCUUUUACCUCUGCUUGCAGAUCAGUGCACUGCGGGUCGUUUAUGUUACAACGACUUCGAGAGAAUCAUUCAUGGAGAUUUUCUGACCGAGAUGACCCCUCACACGGUGACUAAGUAUUACUCAAGCAAGACAAAAUGGAACGUAGCGAAAGGAAUCUACGACUUUCUCGACCAACGAGUUCCACACGCGGAGUAUUUGGACAAGGCAAGCGAGAAGGAUCUCUCGUUGAGCUUUAAGCCACGUGGAAUCAGAGUCAAACCUCUAAAUGUUGACCAGCUCAUCGAAUCUCUGAUGUGUGUGACGAGAGCGCUUGUUGCGCUUCACGACAUUUCGUUCAUGCAUCGUAACAUGGGAUGGGAAAAUGUAAUGAAAAGCGAGACGACGUCAACAUCGAACGCCGAAUGGUUUGUUUGCGGGUUCGAAGAAGCGGCUGAGUCCCCACAGCUCAACCCACACCGCCCUGCGGCCCAGGAAGAGGAGGAGGAGCGUGGGAGACACGCGCCGGAGAUGGAGAGAGGAUUGCAUGCGGUGAAAGUGGAUGUGUGGGGAGUAGGUUAUAUGAUAAAGACUUGUGGAGUGAGUAAUGUUCCAAAGAUGUUAAGAGAACUUCAAGGUAAGUGUUUGGAGCCGAACCAAGAGAACCGACCGACCGCAGCCGAUUGCUUCCACCACCUCCUCCAGGUUCAGCCUGCCGUUCCAUCGUCGUAUUAGUCUUUUUAAACUAGUCUCUAGUCGUUUUAAAACCUUUUCUGUUUGUUUCAUGCACGAAGAAGGUUUGAACGUUCUCCGUAUUAAUAAUUUUCACAGCUUUGAACGUGUAGUACUUGAUCGGUUUCGCAAGCAACGUUUCGUUUCAAAUACACUAUUUUGGAAAUGAGUUAUUGUGAGCGUUUUAUGAGCGUACUAUCGAUUUCAUUAACUAAUGGAAAAUUGCCACAAAUACUACAUUCAAAGUAUUUUGAAACUUUUGUCCAAUAUUUUUUUAAGUAAAGUCGGAUCAUUGAUUUUGAAAAAAAAUUAUAAAAAAUAUUUCGAAAAAAUAAAUUCAAAAAAUAAAAAAAUUAUUUUUUUUCAUUUUUUUAUUUAAAUAAUAAUUUAUUAUAUAUAUAGAUAACAAGGAUAUACGACUCUUUUGCCGUUUAAUAAAGAAAGUAUUUUUAAAAAUAUCUCUUUAGUAGUGGUAAAAAUGAAAAGUGGUAUCAUGAAAAUGAUAAACAUAAAAUUUCGCCUUAAUUAAAUUGUUUUAGGUAGUACUUUUUAUAUACAUUUACAAAUAAUCAGUGUUUAAAUGUCAUAUCAAAACAUUUUUAAAAAUAUACCAUUUUAUAUGGCUCUAAAUGGUGACAUAGAAAAUUAGUGAGAACAAUGGAUUCCUAUUUUUUUUUAUAUAUUUACAUUAAGGAAUAAUUGUUAUAAAGAACUAUAAAACAAAAACAUUCCUUAUGAAAAUUUGUAAGGAACAAAACUAAUAACUCGGUUGCCCAAAAAAAAAACUAUUCAUUUUUAUUCUUUUUGUUUUGUUCAUACUGACUUUUUUUCUUUCAUUCAUAUUAUUAUUUUCAUGGUCACGGUUAGAGUCUAUACUUUUAUUUAAUAUCAUAGUAAUAACAUAAAACAUAAACUACACCUUUAUAAAAUAAAUUAAUUGGAAAAUUGUCAGAAAUAUCACAUUCAUAAUAUCACUUUUCAUGUUUAAAAUAAUCAUUUUUACCCUCACUAUUAAUGAAGACUAAAAUACAUUUAUACCCAUAGGAUUAACUAAUCUAGAAUUAGAGUUUAGAGUUGAGGGGUGUGGUAUGGUUUUCGGAAUGUAAAAUUUAGGAUUCUAUUAAAAAUAAAAAUAAAUACUUAAAAAUAUAUAUACAUUUUAGAAAAAAUAAAUAGUUUCAAAUAUAAUUUUCAAUUUUCAAAAAGAAAUUUUGAAAAAAAAAAGUGUUCAAAAAAAAAUUCAAUUUUGAAAAAAAAGUUUGAAUGUGAAAAAGUAUAACUAAAGCAUAAAAAAAUAUUUUUUAUUUAAAUAAUUAUUUAUUAUAUAUAUAGAAAAUAAUGGCAUAAGAAUGUUUUACCACUUAAUGAAGAAGGUGUUUUUGAAAAUGUCUCUUUACUGAUAACAAAGAUAAAUAAUGGUACCAUGAAUAAGGUAAAAAUGAAAAAUUUCCAAGUUAAUUUUGUUAAGGAUUGGUGAAAAUAAAUUUUUUCAAGUUAACUAUAUAAAAGUAUUAAUAUAUUAAUAUAUAAAAAUAUUUAAUACCAAAAAACCAUAUAUAUUUUAUUAUGAAUAUUUAAAAUAAAUUACUUAGAACAAUAUAUAAAUUUUAUCAACGAAAAUAUAUCAAAAAAUAAUAUUUUAGUUGGAUAUAAAUAUAAUUACUCAUAAUGUGUUAAAUAAAGGAAAAUUUUCAUGUUUACUACUUUUUGUACUAUUAUUCAUGUUUACCGUCACUAAAAAAACAUUGAAUUGCCACAAAUACCAUAUUCAUAGUACCACUUUUCAUGUUUACAUUAAUCACUUUUACCCCUAGUGUUAACUAAUCUACACCAAGUGUCCGAUCGCCCAGCGAUCAAUGAACGCACCAGAACAUGCAUCAGAACCACUUUUUUCCACCAGAACUAGAGAAAGACACGACGGAUCUCCAGCAAUGACGAAUGCAAACUGAUGAAGAGGCCGAUCAACAGAACAGCCCACAUGCAAGUUCAACCCAAGGAACCUAGUCUGAUGAAUCAGCGCUUCGAGAAAUAUAUAACACCGUCUUCAACCGAACCACCAAAUUCCAAUCUUCCUGCAAAACGAGCAUGCAUCUUUGAUGAUAGGAAUUAGCUUGAAGUUGAAUUAGCCUUAAUCAAGGGGAAGGAAGAAAUCAGAGGAGCGGAUGAGGGUUGGUGAGACAGAAAAGGAUAAGAAGUGACGAUUACACAACAACCGAUGAUAACUGUGCUUUAAAAUUUAUUGGAGACAGAACCGGCGAAGCAUGUGUUGUGGAAGCCACCGCUUCCCAUAAGUCAGGAGUCAAAGUUGGAAGAACCGGCCAUCAAAAACUGAAUCGCUCUCUUUUUUCCAUGUGAAAUAUUUUAGAGAGGGAACAUAUAUGAGAGAGAUGGAUUUUACCCUUUUUGUUACUCCAUGUUUUGAAAGUAUAUUCAAAUUUUGGAUUAGUUGGACGAAAACAUCCAAUACUCAAUUUUUUUCCUUUAAUUGGAUCGUGUGCAUGAAGGGUUGUAGUAACUUGUAAGACAUAUGGCAUCAGUUAGAGAUAAUAUUACAAAUAGCUUAGAGUAGAAAACAGAAAACACAGAUUUUUGGAAGAAAUGAUAAUUACAAUUAAUGUUUAUAUUAGGAGAGAAGAAGAAUCAGAAAGCACUUGGACUAUUAUGCAUGAUGCAAAAUCCCCAACGUUGUCGUUUAGUUCGGCGGAGAUAGAUCUGUUAGUUUGUUUUUUCUUAACCUAAAAUAAUUAGAGGAAACUAAAUGAUUAAGAGUGAGGAAGAGGAAGAGAACAAAAGAGACGCACGUGAUGCGAAGGUGUUUUGGAUUUUGAUUACGACGAGUACAAAUCAGAUAGCUGGUCUUCUUGUCCUUUUGCCUCUCGUCUCAACCUUCGUAUUUUUUUUUUUUCCGUCUGGUAUUUUAUUAUAACACCAAAAGGUUACAACAGCCCAAAACAUUAUUCAGAAAACGAAAGGCCCAUAGACAAGGCAACACAACAACCCUAGACCUACACAUGGCCCAACAACUAAACCAUCGAAGAAAAAAAUGGUUCCAGCGCCGUCAUCUUCUUCUCCACGUGUAAUGAGAAAAAAAAAUGGAAUCGACACGCGUCAAGAACAGCAAACACCUCCUCCAAACCACCGCCGUGAGAUUCAAGCCGGAGCUUUCUGUUCACCGGAGACGAUCCACGCGUCAAAACUCGAACUGCCGAGGACACGUGUUGCUUUACGGAGAACCAACCACCAAUCUCCACCGACGGGAACUCUUUCAACUGUUUCCGGUAAACCACCGGAAGUCUAUCAAACGGAUGAUGAAGAAAGCCUCACUCAACCUUCGUAUUUAUUAUCAAGUUAUCUUUCUUUCUUUUUUUUUUUCUUUUUGAACACCAUAUUAUCAAGUUAUCAACAAACAAAUUUUGUCGGCUUUAACAAACACUAAAUCCUUCGUUUAUCAAACUGAUUUUUUAAGCUAAUCCUAUUUAUUGUUUAUCUAAAUGUCAUUAUAUAAUUACUAGCUUCAUCGGUAUCACUUAAAACUUUAAGUGAUGUUUAAAUUUUUUAUUUUGUUUCAUAAAUAAAAUUUAAUGUUAUUUGUACUUAUGACCAAUUACAAAAAUAUUGUUUUUUUUUAUUGGUUGAACCAAUUUUAUUUAAUGUUACUUAUACAUAAUCAAGAUAAAUUAUAUAAAAUUUUGUAUUUUUUUAAUUUUUGUGCAAAAACUUUAAACACCAUUUAAAAUGAUAGAGAAGAAGUAUAUUACAAUCGUGUCAGCAUAAAAUAUCUCGGCAGUCGAGUUCGUCUGAAUUACAAUUAUUUAUUAUCGUAUUAAGAAUAACUCGGAAGUCGAGUUCGUCUGGAUACAUGAAGAAAUACAAAUUCUCAGUUUUUUUCUUCGCUGAUUUUUUAUCAGAACUUACGGCGAAUUGGUUUACCGUUAUUUGGGAUGCGAAGUUACACCCGUUUUAAUGGAUACAUAUAUGUUUGGCCGCUAACGAAAAGGUUGUGCAUACAGUACCUCACUCUUGGCCGGCUCACCCUCGCCUUAAAAACGAUCUCCAGUCGGCUAGUAUAAAAAUCACGCAUAGCCACGAUCUUAAUCAUGGCUCAUAUUUCGUGGUUAUAUUGAAAAAUAGCCACGGAAAAUCGUGACUACACUUUUAUAAUGAAAAAAAAAACUUGACAGAUCGUGGUUAUACAAAUACAAUUUAGUCAUGUUUUGUUUGUGGCAAAAAAAUUCACAAUUUUACCCCAAAAACUUUGCGUCUACUUACCAUAAAUUUGACAUAUUUACUUUUGUGUUUUUUAUUUGCCGCGAAAUGACCAUUUAGUUUUCGUGUCUAUCUUAGUCACAAAUUUAAAUAUGGCUAUAUAGUGAUUAUUUUAGACAUGAAAAAUAAUGUGACAAAUCGAUAGUUUUAUUUUAGUCGUGAUAUGUCAUGUUCUUAUUCGUGGCAUUCUGUAAUAAAUUUUCAUAAAAAUAUAUUUUAUAAAAGUUGAAAUUUAAAAAAAAAAAAAUAUUAUACAUUACCACAAGAGAUUUUUUUUCGCGUCAAACCAUUUACAAGAGUUUAACAAAUAUUACAUUGUCCAAAAGAUUGUUCAAAACUAAACACAAAAGAAACAGCAACAUAAACAUUGAAGGUCACCAAGCUCUUCAGAACACUACCUCUCAAAGUCAUAUUGUUGUGUUGUAGUGCCAGGUUGAGCUUGAGGUUGUGUUGUUGGAGUAACUGAGGCAGCAUGAAGAGAAACUUGAGAAUGGAGAGCUUGUAGAAUCAUGUUGAAUGUAGACCUUGUUGCAGUAAUCUCUUCCUUGAAGUCAGCUUUCAGUGCAAGGAGAUCAACUUUGACUGCAUCAGUUGUGGUCUCCAAGCCGGUCAUACGCAUCUCCAUGUCAAGAAUUCGCUUCAGAGAGAGAGAGAGAGGGAGGAACUGAUUCAGGCCUGUCUCAUUGUUGUUACGGACCCUAUGAAAAUAUAAAUUCUACAAGAAAAAAUUUAACUAGUUCUACAAAAAGGGUCCUAAAUUUUCAAAAUUCUCUAAAUUUUAACAGAAAAUUGCAAAAAAGAAAUUAGGACCCUGUGCUUAAGCACCUCUUGCACAUGGCAAGAACUGGGCCUGGAUAUAAUCUUGGUUGAGGAAAAGGUGACGUGUUUCUGUACCAGUAGCCGCAGUUGAGGCAGUUUGGUUGUCUCCCAAUGCAGAGAGGCCCUGGUUUUUAUAUAUAGUAUAUUAUGGUUCUCGGUUCGCCAAUGAUUCAGUUCUAGUAUCCGAAAUAUUUUUAAUUAGGUUCCAUUUAGAUUUUGUGUUAACUAAUUUUGUUUGAAGCGGUUUGUUUUUAAAGAUAUUUUUAUACUUAUUUUUCGAUAUCGAUUAAAAUUCUAUGUUCCUCAAAAUGUCUAAGCUUUCUCGGAAGUAUGCAGUUCAAGAGUAAAUAAAUAAAUACGAAAAUAGAAUCGAAAUUGGAAAUUAUAAUUCAAUAAUGAAUUUAACAUUGUGUAAACACUAUACAAAGGUAUCUGCAUAUGUAUAUAUAUGGUUCCAAGCAGGUAAGAUUCAGAGCAUUAUAAUGGUUUUGGUUCUUAUGUUUCUAAGAAAGAGAACAUCCUUGCUAGGUUUUGGUGGCCCAUGUGUUUUGUUCUUUUCUGCUGACUCUUACUACACUACAUGUUGAAGUAUAUGAUGCACAAAUUUCUGUCUUCAGUCUUAAGUUGGACUCGCUGGUUAAUGACACUUGAUGUGUACUUUGUCCUUGGAUUUUUCUUUAUGUGUUUGCUCCAAUCUAAUCCAUUCCCAAACAUGACACGUAAAUACGAGAAGCGAAAAGUCUUGUACCGUUUCCGUUAGAUUUUGUUUAUAAAUUACCGUCUCAUAUGAGCCAUAUGAUAUGGCAAUAUGUAUUUCUAUCAAGACUUGACUUCUAAUCUCCUUUGCAAAUUUCCAUCGCAUCUCAUUUUUGUAUCACAAUGAUAAACGUGGUUUGAUCCGCACUAAAGCACUGAAUUGUAUUUUUCUUACAAUAAGUUUGUGAUAACUUUUAAAUUUAACAAAACAAUUGUUACACAAGUGAUGUGAUAUAACUUUAAUUUAUUUUAUAUGUUUUACGGAAAAAUAUAUAUUCCAUUAAAUAAUUUAUCUUUAUUUUAAAUGUUUUCAUAAUCAAAGUUACAAUUUUUGAUAUGAAUAAAUUUUUUUUUUUAAAUGAGAAUCAAAAUUAUUUGAUGCACGAGUACUGGCCUAACUAUAAGAUUUAGCUAAAGAACUUUGAUUAAACUAAGAAAAUUUUAAAAUAUGAUGAAAUACUCUUUGAUAUAUUAUUGUUUCAAUUGGAAUAAUGACACUAGUGCUUGAUUUGAUAUGUUCAUCCGUACGGAUUUUUAUUUUAAUAAAACAAACAUAUGAAAUUCUCAAGAGCAGAAGAAUGUAAUGGUUAUACAGACAUGCAUUCAUAUGUGUGCUUAUUUUUUAUUUGUAAUAUAUAACAUUUAUGAUAAAUCAACGGUUUUUAAUUUUCUGUAAUUUUUGGUUGCUCGUAUUGUGGUUGAAUACUAAAUCAAUCAAAACGAUAUGUUUUAUAAUAUAUUCGUCAAUUAGUAAUUUUUAAUUACAUUGUAAAAUAUUUUAUGUCAAAUAAAAUUCACUACUGUUUUAAUCAAAUAGAUAGAUCUAUCUCUAAAUUGUUUAUAAAUCAAAUAAAUUUUAUUUUACGUUUAUUUUUGAGAAAAAUAUUAAAUUAAAUUUAAUUAUUGUAUUCGUAUAAUUCAAAUAUAUGUGUGUUAAUAAUAUUAAUCUUCAAAUUAUUUAACAUAUAUUUGAAUAAUUUUAUAUUUUUUAAUAUAACAUUUAUAGUUUAUAUUUUGUAUGUGAAAUGAAAUAAUAAUAUACAUUAAUAAAUCAUUUUUAAAUUUUGUAUAUCAUAUUUUAAAUUGAUUAGAAAAUAUUUCGGUUAGAAAAUAAUGGUAAGUUUGACUAGAGUAUAAUAGUAAGUUUGCUUAGAAAAUAUUCUAACAAAAAAAUGAUUUAUAGCUAAUUAAUUAAUAAUUAUUAAAUACAGUGGUAUAAAUUGUAAUUAUUAGAGUGAAAGAAGGGUUAUUUUUAAAAAAUAAUUCAGUUUUAAUAAUAUAGAUGUAUAGAGAAAAUUAAAUUUCUUACGAUAUGAAAGAUUUUUAAAAUUUCUUAAAAAUAAAAUAAAUUAAGAUAAAAUAUUAGA